CUGCUUGGCUUUGCGUAGUUCAGUGCAGUCAACCCUCACUAAGGUCCAAAAGUUGUUUUAGUAAGUACUAAAGAGAAGGGGAAAAAAAAGCAUUCUCACAGCUCCGAAGAGCUGGUGAGAUCGCGUCGGCAACUGGUUUCUGAUUUGUAUCUGAAGGAAGAGGUACCUAAGGGUCAGAAUCUAUUUGGGGGAAGAUGUCUGACGUAUCAGUAAGUGAUCAUUUGGAGGGAAUUAUAUCAGAUUUUGAAGCUUUGAAAAGAUCAUUUGAGGUGGAGGAAGUGGACCAGCCGCCAAAUCCCUCCGUUCCGACGAGGCGGAUACCGACUCCUCUCCUGAGAUCAAGUCCGUCACCUGGGCACAAAUAUCAGGAUUUGGUGGGAAAACCUUCAGAUCUACCUUCAAAACAAGCGGAAACGUCUAACACUAAAUCUCCCAAAUCAUCUGUCAAGAGAAUUGAGAUUGCGGGAACUAAGCUCCCAGAAGCCGUGUCUAGAAGAACGGAAAUUUCUAUUGACCUUUCUUCAAAGCAAGUGGAAACCGCAAGCCAUGUUGCGCCAAAGAUCAGCCUUAAAAGAGCAGAACUGCUAGGCCAUAAACCUCCCGAAGUAAUCCCAAGGAGGACAGAUAUUUCGGGACCCAAACUCCAGGAACCCACUUUAAGAAGAUUGGAAACAGUGGGCUCAAAGCUCCCAGAGUCGAUCGCGAGAAGAACAGAGACUCCUACACCUUCGUUGACGGAGAUAUCUCCAAAACGGGUAGAAAUUCAAAUACCGAAGCAUCAAGAACCCCCGACUAAACAGUUAGAAAAUUCAGUCUCUCCCCACAUCAAUUACCACCCACCACAGGAAGCACAGCCAGACAAAGCCGUUACUGAAGUCAGAGUGAAAAGCGAGAGCAGUGCAGAAACUCUCCCGAGCAAACCCAGUAACAUGUCUGAGCCUCCUCGAACCCUGUCUGAACGUUCCCGCGAUGUGAGUUUGAAGCCGUCCGUGCAGCCUGAGAAGACGGAAUCUGAGCAGUUCGGAUAUGUGGGCAUUGAUUCCAUCCUUGAGCAGAUGAGGAGAAAAGCUAUGAAGCAAGGAUUCGAAUUCAACAUCAUGGUUGUCGGUCAGAGUGGUUUGGGAAAAGCCACUCUAAUAAACACGUUGUUUAAGUCCAAAGUUAGUCGUAAAUCUAUCGCAGGAACUGAGGAGCAGAUUCCCCUAAUGGUGGAAAUGAAAUCAAUCAGCCACGAGAUCGAGGAGAAAGGAGUCCGCAUGAAAUUAACAGUAAUCGAUACCCCCGGAUUUGGGGAUCAGGUGAACAAUGAGAAUUGCUGGCAGCCCAUCAUGAAGUUUAUUAACAAUCAGUAUGAGACAUACCUCAAAGAAGAGCUCACUGUCAACAGGAAGAAGCGGAUCCCAGACACGAGAGUCCACUGUUGUAUAUAUUUCAUCGCCCCGACUGGACACUCCCUUCGACCUUUAGAUAUCGAGUUCAUGAGGCGGCUGAGCAAAGUGGUGAACAUUGUCCCCGUCAUCGCCAAAGCGGACACCCUAACACUGGAGGAGAGAGAUUUUUUCAAGCAGAAGAUCAGAGAAGACCUUCAGAAACAUGACAUUAACGUGUAUCCUCAAAGGCAAUUUGACGAAGAUAAAGAGGAUCAAAUAAUGAAUGAUAAAAUUAGGGAAAUGGUGCCUUUUGCAGUGGUUGGAAGUAACCUAGAGUAUCAGGUGAACGGAAGGAGAAUCCUUGGACGAAAAACAAAGUGGGGAACGGUCGAAGUGGAAAAUAUUACUCACUGCGAAUUUGCCUACUUGCGUGAUCUCCUGAUAAGGACUCACAUGCAGAAUCUGAAAGACGUGACCAGCAACAUCCACUAUGAAGCGUACAGGGUCCAACGGCUGAGUGAGGGGAACGGGUUGUCUGAGGGAGAAACAGUGAAGGAUUUAAACAGCAACGUGUGAAGAAACGACGUGUUGCCAUUUUCCACUCGUUUGAUCAACCGGGAGCUGAGAAUUGUCGGAAAAGUUCACCAACCCAUCAUUCUGUAAGGCCCUUUGCUGGUCUUGAGCUAAUUUAUUCCACAGCUUGGUAUUCUGUUCACAAACGCACGAUUAUUUGUUCUGAAACCGAACGCUGCACAUUUGCCGUAUUUUUGUAUUGUUUUAUUUCGUUGGCUUUUCAAAAUACCAAAGGGCAAUAUUGAGGAAUGUUUUUUGAUGCAAACAUAGAUUUUGAGUGUGUGUGUGUGUGUGUGUGGAUGAGGUAUAUAUUUUUAAUACAAAAUUAACUGUUUGGUAAAACGUUUAAGAAAAUUGCAUCCAUUUGUGAACAGAAUGGUUUGGUGGAUUAAAAAAAAAGUACGCUUUUAAUAUUACUGCAGUGGAUAAAACUAAGCCAGUGUUCUGCCGGAGGUAGGGGAAAGAAAAAAAAUAAUUGGAUUAAUCAUUACUGCUCUAUUUAUUUAGAAUAUAUUACCAGCAUGUUUCACUAUAUCGAAACGAAAUACAGUCAGCCGACAUGUAUUUAAGAAAGUCCCAAAUCCUUGUGUGUUGAGGCUUCCCAACUUUGCUUUGAUUGGAAGUAAGACCAAGCUUAUCGAUGUCUCAUUUAACUUAAAAGAAACUGGUGAGGUGACUAUUGUUUUAAAAAAAAAGACAAGCUCUUUAGUGAUGUGACAAUGUUAAUGAUGGCUAGGACAACUGCUUUUUUUUUACCAAAGAAAUGUCUUGUCAACACAAAAAUGUUUAAAAAAAAGAAAAAGCGUUUUCUUCCUUAAAACCAGGCACUCCUUGGAAUGUUUAAUCCAUCUAAUCAAAUGUAUUAAAACGUAGCACAUUAAAUUGCUCAGUAUUGGAAAUGUAAUUAUAUUGAAUGUUAAAUUGAAGCUUAUCUUCUGGCUUUCAUUGCAUGACCUUUUUAUGUGCAUUUUUUUGGUUUUCAUGCAUUGUCGAAUUGGACUUUAUGUAUAAAAUAAAAAUGUGUGUGUUUGAUAUAUAUUUCCUAAAAUAAACAUUGCAAACUUAAGAGU